UGGAUAGCCGCGUCCCAAAAUCGCACUCUACCGGCCUGUCCACACGAUCGUCCUAGCAACCAGCCGGACACUCAACUCGACCAAUCUAGUCAGCCUCCGAGCCAUGCUGUAGAUUCUAAAUCAGUCAUUCACAACUCACGCAAGCAAUCCUCCACCCCUCCAAUGACCAAUGUUAACCUGGUCAAUGACGGUGGUUUAUGGUGUCGUGAGGGCAUGGGCUGCAGAUGCUGCAUGCCUGAGCUAGAGAUCCCGGUCAUUAAAGGAAUUAAUUUUUGCCUCUGCUUCUGUCCCGACGUCCGCAGUGGGCAUAUCCUCUCAGUUUCGGCUGAGGCCAAUCCUUCAAUAUAUUCGCCUAGCCUCAAUGUCCAAUUUGCUUUCGCCUCCUGGCCAGUUCUUACUUAA